AACUCAUUAUUUGAUGUGGACGGCAGGGGGUCUGGGUGUUUGGAGUGUGUGUGUCUGGAUGGGAGAUUGAAGGUGGAAAAGGCUGCUCAAGCCCGCGAUGAAGAAAAGUCCGGGUCUCUCUGACUAUCUUUGGGCCUGGACCCUCCUUCUGAGCACGUUGACUGGAAGAAGCUCUGCACAGCCUUCCGUGCAAGAUGAACUUAAAGACAAUACCACUGUCUUCACCAGGAUUUUGGAUCGACUCCUAGAUGGUUAUGACAACCGCCUUAGGCCAGGAUUGGGAGAGCGUGUAACCGAAGUGAAGACUGACAUCUUCGUCACGAGUUUCGGACCUGUUUCAGACCAUGAUAUGGAGUAUACAAUAGAUGUCUUUUUCCGUCAAAGUUGGAAGGAUGAAAGAUUAAAAUUUAAAGGACCCAUGACAGUUCUCCGGUUAAACAAUCUAAUGGCAAGUAAAAUCUGGACUCCAGAUACGUUUUUUCACAAUGGAAAGAAGUCUGUGGCUCAUAACAUGACAAUGCCCAAUAAGCUGCUCCGGAUCACAGAGGACGGCACCUUACUGUACACCAUGAGACUGACAGUGAGAGCUGAAUGCCCAAUGCACUUGGAGGACUUCCCUAUGGAUGCCCAUGCCUGCCCACUAAAAUUUGGAAGCUAUGCUUACACAAGAGCAGAAGUUGUUUACGAGUGGACCAGAGAGCCAGCGCGCUCAGUGGUUGUAGCGGAAGAUGGGUCACGCUUAAACCAGUAUGAUCUUCUGGGACAAACAGUAGACUCUGGGAUUGUUCAGUCCAGUACAGGCGAAUAUGUUGUUAUGACUACUCACUUCCACUUGAAGAGAAAGAUUGGCUAUUUUGUGAUUCAAACAUACCUGCCAUGCAUAAUGACCGUUAUUCUCUCACAAGUCUCCUUCUGGCUCAACAGAGAGUCUGUACCUGCGAGAACUGUCUUUGGAGUGACAACUGUGCUGACCAUGACAACUUUAAGUAUAAGUGCCAGAAAUUCACUUCCUAAGGUGGCUUAUGCGACAGCGAUGGAUUGGUUCAUUGCAGUGUGCUAUGCCUUUGUGUUCUCUGCUCUGAUUGAGUUUGCCACAGUAAACUAUUUCACCAAGAGAGGUUAUGCAUGGGAUGGCAAAAGCGUGGUUCCAGAAAAGCCAAAGAAAGUCAAAGAUCCUCUCAUUAAGAAAAACAACACCUAUGCUCCAACAGCCACCAGCUAUACCCCUAAUUUGGCCAGGGGUGACCCCGGUUUAGCCACCAUUGCUAAAAGUGCAACGAUAGAACCAAAAGAAGUCAAGCCUGAAACAAAACCACCAGAGCCCAAGAAAACCUUUAACAGUGUCAGCAAAAUUGACCGACUGUCAAGAAUAGCCUUCCCUCUGCUAUUUGGAAUCUUUAACUUAGUCUACUGGGCAACGUAUUUAAACAGAGAGCCUCAGCUAAAAGCCCCCACACCACAUCAAUAGGUUCUUUUAGUCACGUUCUGUUGUUCAGUCCUCUGCACUGGGAGUUGCUUGCUGUUCUCAACGCAGUAAUUCCCAUCUUCUUUAUAGCCUCUGUCUUAAAGAAUCUGAAGGUUUCCUUAUUUCCAUAAUCCAUAUAAGAAGAAACCCCUGUCUGGCAGUCCAGAGCACAGCAGAGUAUGCAGCUUGCAGACAGGAUUCUGAGAGAGGAAACAAGAGAGCAGAAUGAUGUCAGAAGGAGACAGACAGACAGACAAGGGAGGAAAGGAGGGAAAAGAAGACCCAAAGAUGUGAGGAAAUGUAGAAGAUAAAUAGAGUUUAAUAUAACCCCUAGUCAUUUGUAGAUAUAUAUUUCCAAAUACUCUAAAAAAGAUACUGUAUAUGUCAAAAUAUUUUUGUGUGAAAGUGUUUAAAAGAAUAAAUUAUAAAUGUUUAAUGAAGAAAAUUUAUAAAAAUCUAUGUCUUUAUUGCACAGACUAUGGUGUGUUUAUGUUUUUGCUUUGUUUUUUAGACUGACUGUAUAGCUUUAAUGUUGCUUCCAAAUCUAAAACAUUCCCAUUCUUAUUCUUUCCUUCUUAAAAAAUUCCCAAAGCAUUACUUUGUGGUUAAAUGAUUUUAAAAUUCAUGGAAAUUUCAUAAGCAAAGAUGCAGUUGCUCACUGCAGAGCACAUUUGAUCCAAUGGAGAGAAAUGCUUUAAAUAGGCUACUUUGCUAUCAUCUAAGCUUUUACCACUAGAUUUUAUGAACAAUCAUCUUAACGGAGAUGUUCAUCAAUAGAAGCUAAAAAUCAAUCAAUCAAUUAAUUAAAUAAUUUUAAAAAUUAUUCCCUUUUCUACCCCAUUUCCAGAUGGCACAUUGGUCAACUAAUCAUUUGAUUCUCAUUAUGAAGAUGUUUUAGAGGGGCAAAAAUAUUUUGCAAGCUUUAGAAUUGCUGAAUGUAUUCUUUUAUAUAACUACAUUAAAAGCUUUAGACUGAAAUUUACGACUAGCAAACAAAAAUAGAACAUAUAAAUUAUAUAUGUAAAUAUUAAGCAUGAGAUUGUACAUUUUUUACUUUUUUUAAAGUUAUGUUCUUAAAAUAUCGUGUAGGAAUCACCACUCUUAGCUGUUAGAAUGUUGUUAAAUGCUACCGAAAUACACUUCAAGUCUGCAUUUAAGAACAGAACAGCCUGUAGGAAGCAGAUGGAACUUGAAACUUAGGGAUACGAAGUCCACUUAUAUACAGAAAGCCCACAAUUUUAAAUUGUCUGAUGUUCAGUAGCACAUCAGUUGCUAUCUGCUCAAGUCCUGCUGUACCACACUUUCAUAUUUUAGGCUAAUGUAAUAUAGCAAGAAAAUGAGAAGCAUUAGUUGAAACUAGCAAGUCAACUGUAUAAUAUUGCUAUAUUUGCUGAUACCAACUAUUUCAAUAAGUGCUGUACCAUAUGUAGCAUUCAAUAUAAAAUACAUGAAAGAAUGUACAGAAAAUAGCUUUUAUUGAGUAAUAUUAUUACAUUUCAUUUAUAAUGUAGCAAUAUAUUUGUAGGUAAUCUAUGUAAGGGCUUUCAAUCAAAGAGGUCCAUUAAUACUCCCUAUAAAAUUCUAGUCUGUUUCAUUAUUGCCCAGAUGUUUUAGAGAUAAAUAUUUAUGAAGAAGGUAUUUUUGAAGUCUUUUGUCUGAUAGAGUUUCACAAAUAUUUAAACUUAGUGUUCAGAAUCAACAUGUCAUGGUCUAAACACAUUUACAGUACUAUGACAUCAACUUUUAACAUAAUUGCCAAAUAAGACAGUUGGGAUACAUAACUGAGUCUUAAGCAAUGUUUUUCUUAAAAAGCUGCUAUCCAAUGAUAUAGGAAAAUACACUGUGUUUUCCUAAACCAACUCCGGUUUUCAUUUUAAGUGUGCUUCAUUGUUUGAUUUGGUCCUCCCUAAAUUUCCUCAGGUAGGCUCAUAAAGGCUCUACCAAGGACAUUUCAUCCGCUGGUAUCGUGUGUAGAUACAUGUAUAGAAAUAAAAUAAAUUAUGGCUCUAACUUCUUUGUUGUUUGUUUACCUUGUUGUUUUUCGACGUUAAUCUAAUGUGUUUAUUGACAGCAUUUUAUCUUCCAGAUUCCUCAUGGCAAAUUUUGGUCUGUAUUUUGCUCAUUAGAUGUGACUAUUUCUUACUAGUCUGCUUUCUGCUAUGCAAGGACUGUAUUCUUAUCAUUUCUUAGUUUGUUAGUAUAUGUGGGUAAUAUUCUAUUGUAUAAAUUGAUUGCACAGUUAUUGAAGACAAAUUAAUCUAUGUAGCUUUUCUACAGUGCUUUGCUAAACCAUGUAAUACUAGUUAAGUCUUCCUUGAAAAUAAAGGUACACUCUUAUAGAGGACAGGUCCUGUUUACUCCCAGGAAUUUUUUAAAAAAGAUGACACUGAAUGUUUAUUGCACUUUAGUGCAGUGAAGUGGCAAUAAAACUUAACACGAGUCAAGGUUGUUUAUGGCAGAUGCAUGUAUUGCUUUACAGAGUUUAGCAAAAGCUCUUAAUUUUAUGUCAUUCUGUAUUCUAUUACAAUAAUAAAGCUAAUGUUAUUCAAUACUAAGAA